CGGAAUCGACCCCAUCAUCAUGUGCCGUUUCCACCCGGACACGAAAAGGAACGGACCGGUGCACUGUGUUUGGGUUUCUCAGAGAGACGGAGUUCAGGUUACUUGUCGCUGUUUUGUGAUAUUUUCUGAUAUUUAUUCAACAUGAAUUCAGACGCGGUGUUGUUGUUGGAGACCGUUAAUUUCGCCGCAGAGAAACAUCGGAACCAGCGACGUAAAGAUCCGGAGGAGACACCGUAUAUUAACCAUCCGAUCGGAGUAGCCAGAAUCCUCAGCCAUGAAGCAGGCGUCACAGACAUCGAGGUUUUGCAGGCUGCUCUGCUGCACGACACGGUGGAGGACACGGACACGACUCCCGCAGAGCUCGAAGCAAAGUUUGGAGCGAUUGUGGCUCGCAUCGUUCAGGAGGUGACAGAUGAUAAAAGUCUGCCCAAACAGGAGAGGAAGCGUCAGCAGGUGGAGCAUGCGCCGCACUGCAGCCGCCAAGCCAAACUGGUCAAACUGGCUGAUAAACUGUACAACCUACGGGACCUGAACCGCUGCACACCGGCCGGGUGGACAGCGGAGCGGGUGCAGGAGUAUUUUGUUUGGGCUUCUGAGGUGGUGAAAGGUCUGAAGGGGACGAGCUCGGCUCUGGAGGAGCAGCUGGAGGAAAUGUUCCGACAGAGAGGAGUUCAGCUCUGACGACAGAGCGUUCAAAUUACUCAUAUAAUACAUUUUCAUUUGCAGAUUAUUGAAAUAAAUCAU